AGUAGUUUAAAAACACAAAAACACAAUGCGUGAAUAUAAAAUUGUUGUGUUGGGCAGCGGCGGCGUUGGAAAGUCCGCAUUAACCGUACAAUUUGUGCAAUGCAUUUUUGUUGAAAAAUAUGAUCCCACAAUUGAGGACAGUUAUCGCAAGCAAGUGGAAGUAGAUGGCCAGCAAUGUAUGCUAGAAAUUUUAGAUACCGCAGGCACGGAACAGUUUACAGCCAUGCGAGAUCUUUAUAUGAAGAAUGGACAAGGCUUUGUACUAGUCUAUUCAAUAACGGCACAAUCAACGUUUAAUGAUCUACAGGAUCUACGAGAGCAAAUUCUACGCGUAAAGGAUACCGAUGAUGUACCGAUGGUUUUGGUGGGCAAUAAAUGCGAUCUUGAGGAAGAACGUGUCGUGGGCAAGGAUUUGGGCAAAAGUUUGGCAAAUCAAUUCAAUUGCGCGUUUAUGGAGACGUCAGCCAAAGCCAAAGUAAAUGUGAAUGAUAUUUUCUACGAUUUGGUCCGGCAGAUAAAUAAGAAGUCUCCCGAAAAGAAACAAAAGAAACCGAAAAAGUCCCUAUGUGUUCUGCUAUAAGACUUCAAAAAAAAAAUAAAUAAAUAAAAUAAAUAAAUAAAAAUAACAAAAAACAAUAAAGCAAAAUGAGUAACAAGUAACAAGUAAAUAUUUAAACAACAUACAAUCCCCCCCC